AUGUCGAAAUACAUGAAAUGGGCCGAAUUGCCCGCCCGCAAGGACAUCUACCAAGACCGGGGCACCACGAAAUGGGGCAACCACGAUCUGUACCCCAUCGUGCCAGCCGAGCGCACCUAUGGUAGAGGUGCUUACCUGCUGUACUGGGUCACGUGUGCGGCAGGUCUUUCUACAUUCGCCAUCGGAAGCUCGUACGUUGCUGUCGGCUUGACUGCAGGGCAAGCAUGUGGCGCUGUCUUGAUUGGAGCAAGUGUAUCGAGCAUGAACGCCUUGCUCUGUGGUCGUGCUGGAGCAGAGAAGCAUCUGGGAUAUACGAUGAUGGCUCGCGUCUCCUUCGGUCUUCGUGGCAUGUGGCUUCCUUUGUUUUUCCAGCUAAUGAGCAAUGUUGUCUUCUUCGGGUUGCAAGCUGUGUACGGUGGACAGGCCAUCAGUCUGAUGCUCGGCGCAAUGAGCUCUUCCUACCGCAAUUUACCUAAUACCCUCCCUGCGAGUGCCGGUACUACGACCAAAGACCUCGUGGGCUUCUUCCUCUACAUCAUUCUGUAUCUUCCCGUGGUGAUCUGGAUCAAGCCACACAAGCUGGAGAAGUUCAUGUGGCCCGCCUUUGUCGGCACGAUCGCCACUGUCUUCGGUAUCAUGGGCUGGGCGGUGGCUAUGAACGGCGGCCACACGGGGAGCCUGGUGACGCCCGCGAUCAAAAUCUCGACCUCUGCACGGACAUUCCGAUUCUUCCAAUGUAUAAGCAGCGUCUGCGGCACCUAUGGCGGAGCGGCGGAUCGAUUCUCUGACUGGACACGCUUCUCAAAGAAGAAGAACUCGUACAUUAUUGGCUCUGCUACGGCUAUGCCUGUCUGCAUCACACUCUGCGCAAUCCUGGGUGUUCUCACUGCCAGCGCUACCAAUGCCACGUACGGGAAGCCCAUGUGGCAGCCACUUGUCAUUCUCAGCUUCGCCCAGCAGGAGCAUUACACUGCAGGCGGCCGAGCCCUCACCUUCUUCGCUGGCCUGUCGAUCUGGUCCCACCAGGUCUUCGUGAAUGUCACACAGAAUAAUGUCGGUGCCGGUAUGGAUCUUGCAGGCAUCUUUCCACGCUACAUCUCCACUCAGCGAGGCGCUAUUCUGCUCACGAUCGCUGGCAUCAUUGUGCAGCCGUGGAGGUUCUUCACUCAAGCUACGGUCUUCAUCUCUGUCAUCUCCAGCUUUGCGGUUUUCGCAUCUGUAUGCACGGCUAUUCUCAUCCUGGACUACUGGGUCAUUCGCAAGCGUGCAUGGAAGGUUCCAGAUCUCUUCCAAGGCGGACCAGACUACAUCUACUGGUACACACAUGGCAUCAACUUCCGUGCCUGGUUCGUCUACAUUGUUUCUGUCGUUCCCUCUCUGCCUGGGCUCGUGAUGGCCAUCAUGGGAAAGACUUCUGGCGCUGCGGUUCGCAUUUACCAGAUCACCUAUAUCGUGGGCUUCUUUCUUGGAUGUAUCUUGCAUCUGACAGUCAACAAGCUGUUCCCGCCUUCUGGUUUGGGCAUUGCUGAGCCCUUCGAUGAUCGUGAGACGUCUGAGGGGACAGUCAUCGAGGGCGUCGCGUCAGGAAGUGAGUCUGGAAGCACAACGCCAAAGCAGGCUGUUGCGACAGAGUCGAAGGCCUUGCCCGAGGUUGCCGCCUAG